UUUACUGUCUGUGUUAUUUAGAUGUCAGCCAGUCAGUGACAUAUUUCAUUGACACUAAAAUGUUGCUUGGCUUGACACCGAGCCGACGGCUGCUUUCUCGCCGGCACUGCCUCCUGCAGUGUCGCAGCAUUAAAACAGAAAACACCGCCAGGAGUGCCGUUCUGGACAGCGUGCUGUCUGCAUUCAGGUCUAUAUGUGGUGAGGACGGUGUCUCAUUGGGUGAAGCUGUCAGAGAGCAACACGGCAAAGACGAGUCCGUACACAGAUGUUGCCCCCCAGAUGUGGUGCUGUUUCCCCAUUGUGUGGAGGAGGUCAGCUCCCUGGCCAAAAUCUGCAGCCGCCACCGCCUUCCCAUCAUCCCCUUUGGCACUGGAACUGGCCUGGAGGGAGGGGUCAGCGCAGUCAAGGGUGGCGUGUGCUUCAGUCUGAGGAACAUGGACCAGGUUCUGAAUCUCCACCAGGACGACUUUGACGUGACGGUGGAGCCCGGAGUGACUCGGAAGGCCCUCAACGCCUACCUGCGAGACACCGGCCUGUGGUUUCCUGUCGACCCCGGGGCAGAUGCGUCUCUGUGUGGCAUGGCUGCCACCAGUGCGUCUGGCACCAAUGCAGUGCGUUAUGGAACCAUGAGGGAAAACGUUUUGAACCUCGAGGUCGUGCUGGCUGAUGGAAGCGUCGUUCACACGGCCGGGAAGGCCCGACGUCCCAGGAAGACUGCAGCAGGCUACAACCUGACCAACCUGUUUGUGGGGUCAGAGGGCACCCUGGGGAUCAUCACCAAGACUACCUUGCGCCUGUACGGCAUCCCGGAAGCCACGGUGUCGGCCGUGUGCUCGUUCCCCUCCGUCCAGGCGGCUGUAGACAGCACAGAGUUCCUGGAUGACGUGAUGAUCGACGCGUGCAACAGGUUCAGCUCUCUGUCCUACGCCGUGACCCCGAGUUUGUUCCUGGAGUUCCAUGGCUCUGAGGGAAGCCUGCAGGAGCAGGUCAACACAGCUGAGGACAUCACUGAGAGUAAUGGCGGUUUGGGUUUUCAGUGGGCUAGAGAUGCAGAGACACGGGAGCGACUGUGGAAAGCCCGUCAUGACGCCUGGUACGCCAGUCUGGCUCUCAGACCAGGCUGUAAGGCUUACGCCACAGAUGUGUGUGUCCCUCUGUCUCGCCUGCCUCAAAUCCUAGUGGAGACAAAGGAGGACCUGAUUGAGAACAGGCUUACGGGUCCCAUAGUGGGUCAUGUGGGUGAUGGUAACUUCCACUGCCUGAUGGUGGUGGACCCCGGUGACCCCGAGGAGCUGCACAGGGUCCACCUCUUCGCCGAGAGACUGGCCAGGCGAGCCCUGGCCAUGGAUGGUACAUGCACAGGGGAGCAUGGAGUGGGCUUAGGGAAGAGAGCGCUGCUGUGUGAAGAGAUGGGACCCGUGGCUGUCCAGGUCAUGCAGCGUCUCAAGGACGCCUUCGACCCAAGGAACCUGAUGAAUCCUGGGAAAAUUCUGCUGCCGAGAGAGCCAUAGACCAUAUGGGCAGUCUGAGGGAAGGUCACCGUGACUCUCAUUAUGAUUUGCUUGCGCCUUGAUCAGAGACUGAUGUCACAGUGAUGUGGCAUUUUAGAGCAUAUUGCACAUGAAGAGUUUUCCUUCUUCUGGAUGAGACGUAACGGUACAGGGAUCACUCGAGUGAAAACAAAAAGGAAGACAAUUAUUGAAUGUGGGAUUGUAUGUAAAUAGGCCUCUCUUACAGCAGACGUUUUGACUUCAAAAGCACAGGUGUUACUAGUAACACUACCGAUGACUCUGUCGCAUUCAAGUGUCCCAGUGAGAGCGACGGUGAGCCAGCGAGCCGAAUAUCAGGAACCUGAAUUCAAAGCAGCCAAUGUUCAUUUCAUUUUUGACACUUUUCCUGCGGUGAGAAGUCAAAAUGUCAACUGUGAGAAACAGGCCUGCAUGUAUCUGUGGUGGUUUUAUUGUCGUUGGUGUGUCAGCCCUCUGGUGCACCAGGGCAGGUACUGAUAAUACUCUUUUCCAGUUUGGGAAAGCAAUAAGCCUCUGAUAUAUGAAUUCGGGUGAAUCAAGAAAAUCCAGAAUGUUUUGAAUGAAUUGUAGUGACAGUGCUGUCCUCCUCACUGUGAUUUAUUUUUUUUUUUUUUUU